AUGAUCGCCUGCGUGAAGGCUGCCGCUCUGCUGUUCGGCGCACUGACCAUUUUAACCAUCGAGGCCUCUAAUGUGAAGCUUGUGGACCAUGGGUAUGAAGGAUUGGUGGUCGCCAUUCACCCAAGCGUUUCUGAGAAUGAGCAACUCGUUGUUAAAAUCAAGGAGGUGAUCACGGCAUCGUCGGCGCGUCUGUACUCGUCGACGGGACGGCGAGCCUUCUUCAGGAACGUCACCAUCCUGCUGCCCGCUUCGUGGAGCCCCCACGAGGGGUACGGGCGGCCGAGCAAGGAGGCAUUCAACACGGCAGACGUGGUCGUGGCACAGCCGCAUGACUCGAGCAACGACGCGCCCUACACGGUGCAGUUCGGCCUGUGCGGAGAGAAGGGCCAGCACAUCCGCCUCGCUCCCAGCUACCUACUGCAAGACACUGCCAUCUCCUUGUAUGGACCACGAGAGAAGUCGUUUCUGCACGAGUGGGGCCACCUACGAUGGGGUCUGUUCGACGAGUACGGAAGCCCGCAGCCCUUCUACGUCUCAGCGGCUGGAAACAUCGAGAACACUCGGUGCAGCAAGGACAUCCAGGGCUCCAUCAGCGUGGUGACGUGCACGGACGUCAUGUGCACGUCCAAAGACUGCAGCAUCGACGAAGCCACCAACUUGCCAGAGCAGGGAUGCACCUUCUACCCGAACUCCAUUCAGAAGACGAACGUGUCCUACAUGAGUCUGCAGUGGCUGGACAAUGUGACCGAGUUUUGCGAUGAUAAAUCUCACAACGUGGACGCGCCCAGCAUGCAGAACCGCGUGUGCGGUUUCAGGAGCAGCUGGGAGGUCAUGCUCACAUCCGAGGACUUUGCCGGCAAAGAAAAUGCGAUUGGCAACGUGCCAUCCACGCAGCCCACCUUCAAACUCGUCCAGGUGACGCGAAGGGUGGUGACGCUAGUCCUGGACAUCUCGGGAAGCAUGGAAUAUAAUUCGCGAAUGAUGAGGAUGAGACAGGCGGCCGAGAUCCUCAUAAUGCAGGUGCUGGAGCACGGCACUUACCUCGGAAUUGUGUCGUUCAGCAACACAGUCGUCGUCAACUCGCCCCUCGUGCUGCUGAGCGAUGAGGCCAGCCGCAGGCAACUCGUGGAGCUGCUCCCGCAGACAGCCUAUGGGGCCACGAAGAUGUGCGACGGACUGAAGCAAGGGAUCCAGGUGCUGUCGCAGGACAACGGGGACGCCCUUGGGGACGAGAUAAUUCUGCUGUCGGACGCCGGGGACACGACGAACGAGAACUGCCUGGAGACCGUGCAGCAGUGCCAGUGUGUGGUGCACACCAUCGCGCUGGGAAACACCCCCACCCAGGAGUUUGAACAGCUGUCUGCUAUCACAGGUGGACUGCAGCUCUUUGCGACAGACAACGUGGACAGCAAUGGACUGGUGGACGCCUUUACUAUGACCGGCAAUCGAGACGGAAACUGGGAGAGCAUGGUCAUCCAGCUGGAGAGCAAGGCCUUCAUGAUGGAUGUUGAGGAACACGUACAAGGAACAGUGUACCUCGACAGCACGAUUGGAAACGACACCAAGUUUGUUGUGACAGAGGUCACACACGGAAGUCUGAGGAUUCUCAUCACCAGCCCAAACGGCAGGGUCUAUAACACUUCCGACUUCAAUAUCGAUGCUAAUUUCAACACAUCACGCCUUACAAUCCCAGGCAUCGCCAAGCCCGGCCCGUGGAGCUACUUCAUCGUGAACGGCGGACAGGCGCGCACCCUGCUCACGCUGGCGGUCACGAGCCGCGUCGCGUCGCCCACCGUGCCGCCCAUUGGCGUCACGGUGCGCGUGAGCGGCACGGAGAAGGCCGCGGCGCAGCGGCGGCCCGUGUCGCUGCACGCCUUGGUGGCGCAGGGCUUCAGGGCCAUCAGCGGGGCCAACGUCACGGCGGUCGUCGAGGUGCCCGGCGUCGACGCCUUUCACCUGCAGAUGCUCGACAACGGCGCAGGGGCGGACGUGAUAAAGGAUGACGGGGUUUAUUCCCGAUAUUUUACUCAAAACGGCGACGCUGACUCUGACCAAUACAGCUUUAAAGUCAUCGUGCAAGGAUGGAGGAGCCAGACGCGAUUUUCAAAGAGAUUCAGUCUCAAAAGCAGUUUCAUUCCUGGAAUACAAAACGAGAAUGGAGAGACGGUGGUAUCACAGGUGCUUCCACCGGAGGCGCGGCCUGUGUCACAGCCGACCGAGGACUUCAGCCGCUCCGCUCCAGGCGGGAACUUCAAGGUGUCGGCACAGUCGGGGUGGCCCCCGUGCCGUGUGACGGACCUGACGGCUGAGCUGCUCGAAUCCGGCAUCGUGAACCUGGUCUGGACAGCGCCCGGGGGCAACGCUGACAACGGCCGAGCAUCAUUCUACGAAUUGCGGGUGAGCCCCAUGCUGGGCAACCCGGGGACGUUUGCCCUCCGCGCCCGCGUGGUGAAACCGCACAUGCUCCUCAAUGGCUCACUUGUAUCGCCGGCGCCGGCAGGCAGCCGUGAAGCCAUCACACUUAACGUGACGGCUGCAUGGCCCUGGACACUGGUGCCAGUGCUCUACUUUGCCCUCUGGGCCAACAACUCCCAGAACGUGAGGUCCGAGAUGUCCAACGUGGCCCUGGUGGCCUUGGUAACUCCCAGGAUCGUGCAAGUGCAGCGGUCACCCUCCUUCUACAAGAACUUGGCCGCCCUCAUCAGCUCGGUGGUGGCGUCGCUCGCACUCUUGCUCUUCACGGCGGGAAUGCUCAUCGAAGCCGUGUGUAGCAAAAAGAGACGGGAGGACGACGAUGACCAGCAGCUCAAAGCUUAGGUGAUGGUUUUAGGCCAGUGGUGGCCAACUUGCUGCACACGGCCCGUGUAGCCCCACGUGGUAGCCUGUUUGAAGUGCGUCUAUGGUGUCGCGUCGGGUUAUGAUGAGUGCACAAGCACGAUUUCAAGAUCGUGGCCCACUGCGUUUCAAGAUGGUGGCCCACUGCGGUGAAGGAGGGCUGCUCAUGUGGCCCAGCAACUCCUCUAGGUUGCCCAUCACUGUUUUUAGGCCCUAUCCUUUUGGGCAACGUGCUUUCCUCGUUCCUUCCUUCGCUAAGUGUAGCACCUGAUAGCUCAUUUGCUUUGGUGCCAUUGGAAUUUGAUCUACAAUGUAAAAUUUAGUAUAUUUGUACGUGAUUCCUGCAGGCAAAUGUAUAUGUUACACCAAGACAGUAUGGCCUGCUGUUGUCGAGUAGUAUCUAUAUAAAUACAAUAACAAGCAACAGAGAAGUAAUUUGUAUCUGUAAAGUGACAUGGUAUGAUUAUUGUAUAAGGCAUGUUAUGAAUUGGAUUUAAUGCCAUUGGAAUUCUAAUACGUGCACUGCACUUGCAAUGAAAACACAUCUAUGGAAAAUAGGAGUGAGGUAUAAAUGUGCAUCGCAGAUAAACGGAAUUGCCAUUGUUUUUCUUAAUUUCUGCACAAUAAUUUCCCCACACGUGAUGACUGUUGUGGUUUGUUCUUGGUUUGUGUUGCUGUGUGGCCUGCAUGGCAAAUCGUUUAUUAUCGAAGCCAUCUCCUUGUUAUCAGGAAAUAUGGCAUCUUAGCACCAUAAGUGUGUUACCUACAAUUGCUUAAAUGUCAAAUAUGUUCACUCAACAUUGUGCAUUAGGAGACACCAGAAAUGUGAUAUUAAGAGAAACCUAACCAUUGAUUUGUGUGUAUAUUGGA